AUGGAUCCGGAAGAGGUGAUAAUUCUACAACAAAGGCAAGUUCUUUUUCUCUUUGUUCUACUGGGUGUGACUGGGGGGGCCUCAGAGCUGGAGCAGUUUUCCGUAAUGGAGGAGAAAGAGAGAGGCUCCUUUGUGGCCAAUGUGGCAAAGGGCUUGAGUCUGGAGGCCGGGGAAUUGUCAAAUCGGGGGGCCAGAAUCGCUUUCAAAGGGAACAAAGAGUAUUUACAGCUGCAUCCUAAAACGGGGGAUCUGUUCCUGAGAGAGAAACUGGACCGCGAGGAUCUGUGCGGCCCUAUUGAGCCCUGUGUGCUGCCUUUUGAGAUCUUAUUGGAAAACCCCUUUCAGAUUAUUGGGGCUGAAUUAAGGGUACAAGACAUUAAUGAUCAUUCACCAAUGUUCUUAGAAACUGAGAUGCUUCUAAAAAUCCCAGAGAGCACCUCCCCCGGGACUGUGUUUCUGUUAGAAAAUGCUAGAGAUUUAGAUGUAGGAAGCAACAGUCUCCAGAACUAUAAGAUCAGCCCCAAUUCCCUCUUCCAUAUUCAAAUUCGAGAUAGCAAUGAAGACCAGAGAUAUCCAGAGCUUGUACUGGAUGAAACAUUGGAUCGAGAAGAGCAGUCUGAGGUCAUUUUAACUCUCACUGCAAUGGAUGGUGGAGUCCCACCAAGGUCUGGGUCUGCCCAAGUCCGAGUCCUCGUAGUGGAUAUCAAUGACAAUGCACCUGUGUUUGCUCAACCGCAUUAUGAAGUUCAGAUUUCUGAGAAUAGUUCCAUUGGAUCCAAGGUUGUUACAGUCUCAGCCACAGACUUAGACACAGGGAAUUAUGGAGAAAUAUCUUACACAUUUUUCUAUCCCUCUGAAAAUAUUCGUAAAACUUUUCAUCUCAAAGAGAAAUUGGGAGAACUUUACUUAAGGGAAAGAGUGGAUUUUGAGUCAAUUCAAUCUUAUUCCAUAAAUAUUCAGGCCACAGAUGGUGGGGGACUUUCAGGAGAAUGUACUGUUAUUGUUCAGGUGCUGGAUUUAAAUGAUAAUCCUCCAGAGCUGACAGUGUCUUCACUCACCAGCCCCAUUCCAGAAAAUUCACCUGAGAUUGUGGUGGCUGUGUUCAGUGUUUCAGAUCUAGACUCUGGGGAAAAUGGAAGGAUCGUUUGCUCCAUCCAAGAUGACCUUCCUUUUGCCCUGAAACCUUCUAUUGAGAACUACUAUACAUUAGUAACAGAAGGCACACUGGACAGAGAGAGGAGAGCUGAGUACAAUAUCACUAUUACUGUCAUGGAUUUGGGGUCCCCAAGGCUCAAAACCGAACACAAUAUCACUAUACUGAUCUCUGACAUCAAUGAUAACCCUCCAGUGUUUACUCAGACAGCCUACAAAGUGUACCUCCAGGAGAACAACAGCCCUGCCCUCCACAUUGGCAGUGUCA